UUGACCACUUGUGAUCGGAUCAACCAAAACGCAAGCAAAAACAGGUGUAAACGGGCCUCAAAGUGGAAGAGUGUCUCGCCAUUCCCCAUCCCCCAAGAUGCAGGGCGCCUCUUGCGAGUGAUAAACAGAAGCUGUCACACUCUAAACGUCCCUCACACUGCCUCCUGUCCAGGCGUCGGAGACAGAUGGACUGGGAAAGUCCAUGUGCCUCACACAUUUCCAUUUUUGACCAUGCCUGCAGCGGUCCUCCCAAAAUAACCCCCAUUCCUCACGACCUUAUAUGUGCAAGGCCUCCACGAGACUAUAGUCUGAAAGAGAAUCACAAAUCCAGGCCACACGAGACACACCGUUGUCCCAUUGCUGUUUUGUGGUUGCUAGCAGGCCUGUUAGUGUCUCCUGUCUUACUAUGCAUCUCACAGAACUAGAUCAGGAGUGUUUACUACACCUUUUUUCAUACCUAGACAAGGACAGUCGCCACAGCCUGUCCCUGACCUGCGUACGACUGAGACAGGUCUUCCUGGACCCGCAGCUGUGGACGCUACUUCACUUCAGGUCUCCGUGCGAGCUGAGGAGGGACAACUACGUCCUGGGCUCUUCGCUGAGGUACCUGGCUAUAUGCUGGCACUCGAGCAGGGUCAAAGUGUGCAACAUUGAGGACUGGAUGAAGACCACAUUCCAGAAGGACCUCUGCAGGAAGCACGAGAGCCUCGUCAGAGACUUCCUGGAGCGUGUUUGCCACAUGUGUCCGAAUCUACUUUCGCUGACUCUAUCUGGAUGUGGGCACAUUACGGACCACAAUGUUAUUAACGUGCUACAAAGCUGCAGGAGGCUACGUAGCCUCAGUCUAGAAAACUGCUCUCGAAUGACUGACUCGGUCCUCCAGGCUGUGGUGGACCACGGUGACAGUCUCACAGAUGUGAGGGUGGACUUCUGUCGCAACGUGACCCAAGCAGGGCUGCAGAAGGUCACAGACAAGAGACCAGAAGUGCACCUGAGCGCAUUACACAGCGCCGAUAUGAUUCCAGACAGCAAGCCUGAGGAGAAAACAGAGAUCAGGAGAGCUCUGCAGAAGUUCUUGAUCUUCUCCUGACAGCAAGAGGCUACCUAGUGAAUUCAUGUCAAAUUGAGGUUCACAACGCUGUCCAAUUAUGUCCCAGUUUCAUUUUCUAUUUUUUUGUUCACUAUUUCUUUUGUAAUUUUUCAUUCCAAUUUCGUUUUCCUUGUAUGCAUUCAGUUUUCCUACCUUUCCAAAAUUUUAUCAGCAAAUGUAUUCUCAUUUCAAAUUUCACAUUUUUUUGUUUCUUCGCUAGGAUGUUUUUCAUUUGUUUGUUUGUCCAUUUGACUCCAUGAAGUGACUCAGCAGUCAAGUACACAGUACAAAACUAAGUAUUCAAUUUGCAGUCCACAAAUUUAAACCACAUCUUAGGUUUUGAUAAUAAAACAUUUGCAAACCCAGUAUUUAUCAAAAGCCCAGCAUGUUUUGGUUGCAUAAUCUAGGUUAGUUUUGGAACUACUCGUAGCUGGUUAUCCUCAUUGUGGGUUUUGGACUUCCUCUUAUGCAAGAACAAUAUUUGACAGAGCACACUUUUACAGCCUUGCUGCAUGACAUUUAUUAAGCAAUAACGUGCGAGAAACUGAAAUAUACACUAGAGUAUACACCAUGGCACUGAGUGCCUUAUUGCAUUGACAUUUAAGCAUUUAGAGAAUAGAAACAAUAGCCCAAAAUAGAAAAAAAACAUUGUUUCAUUAAGCAAAUUCAUUCAUUCAUUCAUUCAUCUUGUAUUACAAAACAGUUGCACAGCAUUUCAGCCAUACUAAAACACACAGUAUAAGAAAACCUAGCAUUUUUGGACAGUAUAUAUGGCAUAUUAGCAUUGACGUUUGACCCAUAUAUUCAACCUGUGUAUUUUUGUACUAUUAUGCAUUGAAAUAUUUAGAAUGAAAUGUAAUAUCUCUUUACCAAUUUCCUAAAUUGCUUGGCAAUAAAAAAAGCUACAUUUAGACUUAUUAAGUGUAUUACUUACAGGUUAUUCAAGCUAUUAAUGAAUUAAACAUUGGUGCCUUUAAUCAUAUUGCUGUUUUAUAACAGCAGUAAUCUUUUAUAACUCUAUUUUAUCACAGCUUUAACACUGUAUCAGGACCAGAACUCUCUGUUUUAUAAUAUUACUUGCAGGCUUUUUGCAUUAAAGAGCUAAUAUCAGUUUCUUUUCAGAGGACGAGCUGUGGCUAUCUUGUCUUAACGGAGAGUUAUGACCUAAAGCCUGCACAGAGUUAUUUGAGGCCAUGUUGGAUGUCUUCCAGCGUUUGUGAUUAGAAACAUAUUAUGUAAGAGCUGUGGAGUGUAGAAGUAGGUUGGCCAGUGUCUGCGUUGUCCACGUGACCACACUAUUUUGCGUCGUAAUUGCAGCGAAAAUAGAUGUUCUUGUCUCUUAGAGACACAGAAUUUGUUCUUCCUCUAUUAUGCCUGUUUGACCUUUUUCAAGUGUAUGUAAUCCAGUCAAACACACGGUUUCCUCAAACCCUCAGGGCAUCAUCAAGGCUGCGUGAAGAACAAUCGCACAUUCUGUCCCUAAAUAGUCUGUAAUAUUUUUGGAGAUAAAUAUAGAAAAACAAAAUAGUUUGUAAUGAGCCUUAACAGAAAGUCCCUUGUUUUAAAGCCAGCGUUCUCCACAGGAUGUUCGCUGCGAUGGAUUGAAGGCUGGAGGGUGAAAUAAUAUUGGGAUAAUUUUUUAUUUUUCUCUCAUUUCUGUUAUCUGUAUCUCUUUCCAGCUCUCGCUGUCUUUCUUUUGCUGAAGGUUUUGUACUUGUCAAGUUACAUAAGUAAAUGUCUGACGAAAAAAAA